AUGGGAGAGGAUAAAAAUCGGGACAAGAAAAAGCGGGAUAAGAAGAGAGAAACUCUUUCCACCGUAUAUGAGAGCGACGAUGAACGUAAACGUGAAAGACGUGUUAGAAAGAGUGAACCCAGGACAUCAUCGCAAUACGCCAGUUCUCAUGCCACCACGUCAAGAAGUACAAAAGUUGCUUCUGAAGCAUCCACAGCAAAAGAAUCUCGAAGGGGACCACCCCCUUCUAAAUCUGCGGGUCUUAGUUUCGUCGAUGCAAACGCUCCUAGGUCUGUAGCGUCUGUAGCUCCCAGUAUUACGAGCCUUAGUUCAAGAGGCCAUAAGAGCACCACUGUCGUGGGCAAAGAGGUAGCUAGGAGGGACCAGCUUUACGACAUCGAUGAUUGGGAGGAACGCGAAGAUGCUGUUGAAAAGUUUCGUGCAAAAAUGAAGCAGAAACAAGGAUCCUUAGGUGACAAAGAGAAGACUGAUAGAAUCUCUGAUUACGUUGAUAAAACAAUUGCUCGUGUGCCGAAAGAUCGCGUGGCGGCGGCGGCUGCAGAACUAUCGAGAUACCAGGCUCCAAGUGAAAAGAGUUAUACUCCAAGUGUGAAGAGUCAUGCUUCUAAGGCGACACGGGACUCGCGGGACUCGCGCGACACGCGCGACACGCGGACGACAAGUAAAACAAAGGACACACGGGACAGCAGGCUCUCAAAAAGUGAGGUUCCUAGCAGUAGAGAUUCCCAUAGCAGGCGAUCAACAGCAGACCGUAGGGACCGCGAUAGAAGUCCCCGGAGGCAUUACACUUCCACGACAAUGAUUGCUAUCAGUGGCGAUGCUAAUGUAGCAAUUCAUGAUCAUGAACAAGGCACUUCAACUUACAUCUCAUCUAGUAAUGGUCCAAAAUAUCAUAAUUCGCCUCGACCUGGCUACAUACCUCACCCUAGCGAUGCACGAUACCGCGCUCCCUCCCUCCCGCACCCCCAACUCACGAGCCGUCCACGAAUUGAAGAAGUGGGGUCCGUAUCGGGAACUUCGUAUGGUUCUGAAAGUACCGCCAAACCGCUACGUAUCGGCAACGGCUCGACCCGAGACUGGCCGUUUCAAAAUUCUGAUUCGGGCGUUAAAACCAUAACGGGCUCCGAAGCCUCACGGUUGUUGGAGAGACCUGCAUCUUCACGCGGUGGACACUCCGAAGCUACUGGGCGCUCUCAAGCUUUGGCGCCGAUUUAUGAGAUAAGGGAGCCUCGAUGGGCAACGUAA